AUGAAAUUCGUUCGAGGGAACACCUCGAUUCCAAUCCCAGAGGUUUUCCAUUACUGCACAGACAAAUCAAACGAUGUCGGGGUGCCAUAUAUUCUGAUGAGUAAAGCGUCUGGGAUCGCCCUCGCUGCACACGACUGGCAAGCGCAGCGCCUCUCAAGCCCGCAGCACACACUACAAACACAGCCGAGAAAGACGAUGCAUCAUGACGACAGAAUGAAGGUCAUGCAACAGUUGGGAUACUAUUCGUCGCAGUUAUACCAACUUCGAUUCCCGAGUAUUGGGUCGCUCUUUGAAGGCGCCGAUGGAGCUUUCGGCAUCCAGCAAUGCUGUUCUCCUGGACAUCUCUUUGAAGGUCGCGAUAGUAUUCAAGAAAUUACGCGCGGUCCUUUCACCUCCUCGCGGGAGUUCUACACAUCGCUUGUGGCUGCUCUACAACUCCAUGCGGAGCAGCUUUCAAUGGGCCAUCACUUAUUUAUGGCUCCAAUCCCAGUUCCUCAAGAGUAUACCAAUAUAUCAGACUACCUUCUUGCAACAGAUUCUUGGAACGACUUCGCCAUCCUUGGAGGUAAGGUGGAGUCAAGUGAGAACCGCCUACAAUACAGCAUUACUGGCCACUUUCUACGUGAUGCUAUCAUACCUCUACUAACAGGGGAGAGAGAAGAGCAAGGAGCUGGGUUCCCACUCUGCCACCCAGAUCUUAGUGACCAGAAUAUCUUUAUUGACGAAGAGUUCAACAUCACCUGCAUUAUCGACUGGGCAUUUUCAUUUACUGUUCCUCCUGCCCAGCUCUGUACGGCCCCUGGUCUCCCACAUCCCCGAGACGUGGUAACCGAUCCUCGACUCCAUGACGCCUAUCGUGAUGGCUUUUCUUACGACGCAAACGCCGAUCGUGAUAGCUUUUCUCACGAUGCACACACCUGUGUCCAAUCAAAUCCGCUUCCGCGAGAUUGGAAUACAGGCGCCGCGAUCUCCCGAUUUUUACGAAUUGUUUAUAUGGAUAGUCUACAGGACUAUCACCAUCUAGAAGCACUUUGCGCACUCUGUUUCGAUGGUAAACCCUUUGAUCUACCGAGUAUACUCUCCAGGCAGGCCCUGACACCCGAUGCCAUCAAUUUACGGGAGCUCCUCGCCGCUGAUGAUGACCCGCAAGAAUUGACGCGCCGGCGUGACACCGAAUACUUUCAGGCCGUUGGCCCUACCCGUCUAGCUGUCGCUCGAAAAUUGACGCUUGCGUAUGAGAGAAACGCUCGAUUUGUGGCGGAUUAUCGCCUGUGGAAAUGGGUUGGCGCUGUCUACAGGUCUUCUCUCGAGUCAUGCGUCCGAGAGGAUUGCUAUCGCCUCGAAUCUCGGCUGCGAGGCAGAACUACGAGACAAGUAGAACUCGCGGCAUAA